UUGAACCCUGCAGGUAGCCGUAAGGAGGAGCAAACGUCGCCUUAGCAACGGACAGGGUUUAGAUAAAUGAUUCGCAGCAGGACCUUUGUAAAUUGGAUUGAAUUACUCGUGAAGCAAAGACGCAAUACAUUUCUUGUUUAGUAACCGAAAGGUGAUGGCUACAAGCAAUCCGUCAGUGUUUCUUCUCACAGUGAAUGGACAAAUUGAGGGAGCGAACUUUCCAGAGUAUGACAACUUGUACUGCAAAUAUUGCUUUGUGUACGGGCACGACUGGGCUCCUACUUCGGGGUUGGAGGAAGGCAUUACUCAAAUAACCUGUAAAGGCAGUCAGUCUUCACACAAAUUAAUAUGGAACUUCCCCCUGGAGACAACAUUCAAGAGUACAAACCCUUCUGGAUGGCCUCAGCUUGUGGUGAGCGUGUACGGUCCGGAUGUGUUUGGCAACGAUGUAGUCAGGGGCUAUGGAGCGACACACAUCCCCUUCGCACCUGGACAGCAUAAACGAAUCAUCCCCAUGUUUGUUCCUGAGCCCACAUGGAGACUUCAGAAAUUCACAAGCUGGCUGUUAGGACGCCGACCUGAGUACACAGACCCAAAAGUAGUGGCCCAGGGUGAAGGCAGAGAAGUGACGCGUGUUCGUUCCCAAGGCUUCGUCACCGUCUCAUUUCAAAUCAUGACCAAAGACAUGAAGAAACUGGGCUAUGACACAGGACCAUCAAACCCUGCGAGCACACAGUAUGCCACAUCCGGCUGGUCGACAGAGGAACAACCGAACAUGUAGUAACAUAAGAGACUGUUUGAUUCCCAUAAUGAUAAAAACCCAACAGUCAUGUUAAAUCUGAAGUGAUACUUCUACUUCCUCUGUAUGGAAAGUACUGCAAUACCAGCGUUUUUACAGAAACAAAGUGGGAAGAAUGCAAGGGGUAACAACCUACAUACACACACUCCUGUGCCUAAUGUUAUUUUAGUAUAUGUGGUUUUAUGUAAUUUUAUUAGAAAUACAAGUUGCAGAUACAGUAUUUAUAUGGUAUUGACUUUUUAAUUUGCUAUAUUUUUACCUUUUUUUUUUUUUUUAAAUAAAUGUGGAUUUAACCUCUGAAGUGUUCCAUGUUUGAACGAACUGAGCAUAUGUCAUAUACACAAACCACUGUUAUAUGUUUGGGUAGACUGUAUUUAGUUUAAGGCCAAAGA